UUGGCGAAAUAUUUGGAAAGCGAUGAUGAGCUAUCUGGAGCAGAAAGCUUUUCCACGGUUGAAGAAGUGCUUUAUGAGGAUUGGCAAGAUUCAUGUCAGGACUGUAACGAUGGUGACUCCACCUAUACACCCAGCCAGUCAAGCACAUGCUCUACGCCACCAGCAGCACCUCCGCUUCCACCGAAGAGAGAAACGUCUACACCUGGGAGAACACAUACCAGGAGGCGCAGACAAUCCAUCGGGAGCAUCCGGAGUUCCUCAUCGCGCCGCUCCAGAUCACGCACCCCACACCGCACAACGCCUCUGCAGCACUGGAAAACGGAAAGUGAUCGAGAUGUGCCACCCAUUCUCCCCAGAUUUGCCCCUGCCAGGCCCCCGGGGGUGCAACUCCAUAAAUCGGACGUAUACAGUCCACUGGAAUUGUUCCAGCUCUUUUUCACCGACAGUGUAGUCAGACAAUUAUGUAGCAACACCAACAAGCAAGCUGCCAAGAGGAUGGCACAAGGACUUCAGUUCGAAUGGACUGGUGUCACCCCCCCAGAGUUCCUAAAAUAUCUUUCACUAGUUAUUUUCAUGGGGCUUCUAAAGCUUGGAUCAGUAAAAUCCUACUGGAGCCAGCAAAACCUUUACUCAGUGUCAUUUCCGAGAAAGGUGAUGCCAAUGGACCGGUGGCUCUUGAUUUCCUCAAACGUGCACAUGAGUGAUCCGGCCGAGGACUCUGUGAAUGACAGCAAAAAGGGCUCAUCAGAAUACGACCCGCUGUUCUGUCUCAAGCCUCUGAUGACUGAAAUCAGUGCAGCGUGCAAGUCUUUCUACCAACCAAGGAAGAAUCUGGCAAUUGAUGAGAGGAUUGUGGCAACGAAGGCGAGAACAGGGAUGACACAGAUUAUAAAACACAAGCCAACUAAGUGGGGGUUCAAACUGUUUACCCUGGCUGACUCUUCCAAUGGAUACACAUCUAACUUCAUUGUUUACGCAGGGAGGUCCAAAUUCCACACAGGCUUUGGGUGUCCUUAUGAUGCAGUUGUGGGCCUCCUGGACAAACAAUUUUUGGGAAAUGGUUAUCACGUCUACUGUGACAACUUUUUUACCAGCCCUCAGCUCUUCAGACACCUGUCUUCUCUGCAAUUUGGAGCCUGCGGCACAUAUCGGGACGAUGGGAUGGGACCGCCUUCAUCCAAGCUGAACGCCUCGACCAAAAAGUCCCCAAGAGGCUCGAUCAGGUGGAUUCGAGAUGGCAACCUGCUCUUUGUCAAGUGGAUGGACACAAAAGAGGUGUCCUACUCGACAAUCCAUCAAGCCUACACGUCAGGCGAGGUGAUGAGAAGACAGAAGACAACAGAUGGAACCUGGGAGAAAAUCAGUGUUCCCAUACCCACUCCAGUAGUGGAGUAUAAAAAGCACACGGGAGGUGUGGACUUGCUGGAUCAGCUGAUCCAGUGCACCUCUGCUCCACACAGAGGGAUGAGGUGGGAUAAGACCAUGUUCCUGCACUUUGUGGACAUGGCUGCAAGCAACAGCUACAUUCUGCAUACAGAACAAAUGACUCAGCCCCUGACGCACAGAGACUUUAUGGAGGAGCUCACAGCUCAACUUACUGGGGCGACUGAGGAAGCAAUUGCUGCAGAAAGGUGGACAAACCACACACCUGUGCCCAUUGCCCCUUUGGACCCAGAAAACCCUGGACACAGGCCUGCAGAUGUAAGGAAAUACUGUGAGCACUGCAAGGUAAGCAAAGCCUACCACAAGACCCCCUGGCAGUGUGGGGCAUGCAUGGUGCCCCUCUGCAACAUCAUAGAGAGGUCUUGCUUUGGUCCGUGGCAUGACCGAGUAAUGUAAUUAUGAGGAAUAAUGUGUGUAAAAACGUA